AUGUAUGACAACAUCUCUGAUUUCACAAGAUAUGAUGACGACCAUGACCCCGAACACGGUGAAGAAGAAGUUUUACAAACAUCCAUUAAGACAGGAAAGGUUUUAACUCAAAGUCUCAUUAUUGACACCAAAGAUGGCGAAGUGGACGUUCUUCAAGAGCUGAAGAAAAAUACUUCUUCGGGAGGUGGUGGUAGGCAUGAACUUGAAAUAAAUGAGAUAGAAGAGAAAUUAGCCGAAAAAGCAGAUAAAAACCAUGUUCAUUAUAUAACUUCAGACGAACAGAUUAUAACGAACUACCAUGGAUAUUUAACACAGGAUGAACAAAUAAGCACUGAAGAUGUUAAUGAAAGAAGAUAUAAAUUCAUUCGUGCUAAAGGUUAUGACAUAAGCUGUACUGUACAGUAUGACACAGGUAAAGCACCAGAAGCAUUUGGUUAUAACAAUGAAAUUUAUGCUUCAUACUUCUUUGUUAACGGUGUAUUAGUUGAACCAAGAUUUACUUUGAGAGUUAAGGCAAAAAUAACUUUUGAAGAUGCUAUUAAAAGUAAAGCCAGCAAAGAUGAACUUGGAGCAAUGAACAAAGUUUUGAAAUCUCAUAAACACAAUAUCUCCGAUAUAAAUGAACUUCAAGCUACAUUAAAUAGUAAAGCUGACAAGAACCAUACACAUGAAUCCUUCACUACUGUUAGAGCAGACGACAUAAUAUUGAACUAUACCCUUGGUUCAAGUGCACCUUUAGAGAAUCCGAGUACAAGCGUAAAAGAUACACUAAACUCCUUAAAUAGUAAAUGUAUGAACAUUGAAGGUCAUGCCAGAAACUUUGAAACACAUGAACUACCAGCAAUGUUAGAUAAGAAAGCUGACAAAGAACAUACACAUAAAUCCUUCACUACUGUUAGAGCAGACGACAUAAUAUUGAACUAUGAUUUGGGUUCAAGUGCACCUUUAGAGAAUCCGAGUACAAGC